AAGAUUCCCAAAGACUAACACUCCCCCUGCAAUACUUAAGCCAGAGAAGGAAUACCCGAUUCUCACUUUCAUCAUCUUCUACCCUUAAGAGCAGCCGCGAACUGGUACUAGUGAGGGCAGUCAAUACAGAAGCGGCGGCGACACAGGCCUUGAAAAUGGUCAAGGCUAUCAGGGUACAUGAGCUUGGUGGACCUGAGCCAGAGAAGGAAUACCUGAUUCUCACUUUCAUCAUCUUCUACCCUUAAGAGCAGCCGCGAACUGGUAUUAGUGAGGGCAGUCAGCACAGAAGCGGCGGCAAAACAGGCCUCAAAAAUGGUCAAGGCUAUCAGGGUACAUGAGCUUGGUGGACCUGAGGUGCUUAAGUGGGAGGAUGUUGAAAUAGGGGAGCCCAAGGAGGGAGAAAUACGCGUUAGAAACAAAGUUAUUGGGCUUAAUUUCAUUGAUGUGUAUUUCCGGAAAGGUGUUUAUAAGGCUGCCGUAAUUCCCUUUACUCCAGUUUGUAUUUUCCAUUGCAAGGCUAUUGCUUCUAUGGUUGGACUGUUUGAAGUGAACCCAACCUUCCGCCUCCUCCACUUUACCUGCAAAGACUCCCGAAGACUAACACUCCCCCUGCAAUACUUAAGCCAGAGAAGGAAUAUCCGAUUCUCACUUUCAUCAUCUUCUACCCUUAAGAGCAGCCGCGAACUGGUAUUAGUGAGGGCAGUCAACACAGAAGCGACGGCAACACAGGCCUCGAAAAUGGUCAAGGCUAUCAGGGUACAUGAGCUUGGUGGACCUGAGGUGCUUAAGUGGGAGGAUGUUGAAAUAGGGGAGCCCAAAGAGGGAGAAAUACGCGUUAGAAACAAAGCUAUUGGGCUUAAUUUCAUUGAUGUGUAUUUCCGGAAAGGUGUUUAUAAGGUUGCCGUAAUUCCCUUUACUCCAGGUAUGGAGGCUGUUGGAGAGGUAAUAGCUGUGGGGCCUGGAUUGACUGGCCGAAAAGUUGGAGAUAUUGUGGCUUAUGCUGGUCAGCCUAUGGGAUCAUAUGCUGAAGAGCAAAUCCUCCCAGCUGAUAAAGUUGUUCCUGUUCCUCCUUCUGUUGAUCCUAUUAUUGCAGCAUCGAUCAUGCUGAAGGGUAUGACAGCUCAAUUUCUGGUUCGUCGCUGCUUCAAGGUUGAGCCUGGACACAAUGUCCUUGUUCAUGCUGCAGCUGGUGGAGUUGGAUCUCUAUUAUGCCAAUGGGCAAAUGCACUUGGUGAGGAGGCUGUAGGAGAGGUAAUAGCUGUGGGGCCUGGAUUGACUGGCCGAAAAGUUGGAGAUAUUGUGGCUUAUGCUGGUCAGCCUAUGGGAUCGUAUGCCGAAGAGCAAAUCCUCCCAGCUGAUAGAGUUGUUCCUGUUCCUCCUUCUGUUGAUCCUCUUAUUGCAGCAUCCAUCAUGCUGAAGGGUAUGACAGCUCAAUAUCUGGUUCGUCGCUGCUUCAAGGUUGAGCCUGGACACAAUGUCCUUGUUCAUGCUGCAGCUGGUGGAGUUGGAUCUCUAUUAUGCCAAUGGGCAAAUGCACUUGGUGCCACUGUUAUUGGAACUGUGUCAACCAAAGAGAAGGCUGCUCAAGCCAAGGAAGAUGGAUGCCACCACGUCAUUUUAUAUAAAGAAGAGGAUUUUGUUGCCCGCGUCAAUGAAAUAACAUCAGGAAAGGGUGUUGAUGUGGUCUAUGAUUCUGUAGGAAAGGACACUUUUCAGGUAACAGAUGCUACUUUAUUCACCUUACCAUUUGCUUAGGUGAGAACGGAAGAGAUUUCAAUGCAAUAUAGGUUGCGCUUUGUGAAGAGUUACUACAUACACCUAAGAGCAAAACUUUGAUGUUUAUUUAUUUGGGUUUUUUGUUUGCUACAUAUUUUCUUUCUUUGCAGCAAUUUCAAAUUCUUUCAGGUUGAAACAUAUAAGACAGAGUUUAAGCCGUUGAAUUAAAUUAUAUAGAGUAUCAAAAAAGGGGCAAAGCAAUUUGCUUCCUUGAUCUGCAUAACCAUGAGUCUAUGACCCAAAAAGUUUAGUUCAUGGUCAUACUCUAUUCCCCUUACUAAUUUGCUUUUGUGAGAAUGGAAGAAAGUUCUAUCUCUAGGUAGAAGGUUGUGCUUUAUUGAGAUUAACUACACCUUAGAACAAAACUUUGAUUUUAAUUAAUUUAUUAUUAUUAUUAUUAUUAUUUUGCUACUCAUGUUGUUUCCUAGGGAACCAGUUUAAAUUCUUGUACAUGAAAUACGUAGCUUUGCGUUUAAGCGGUUUAAUUGAAGGGUUUAAAUAUCAAAAGAAGCAGUAAACCAAUUUGCCGUGGCAAAGAGUUUGACCAUGCUUGAGUUAUGAGUCCAUGACUUCACAAUUUUAGUUCAUUUUGCCUGGAUCUGUUUCACCAUUCUUAAAUCCAUUUUUGUCAAGAGUUCCUUCCAAAAGUUGCCAAUAUUGUAGGGGUCUUUGGAUUGCUUGAAGCUUCGUGGGUAUAUGGUGAGUU